AUGAUGCCAAAUCCCUGGCUCAACACUCUUGGUAUCUCAUUAGCUCGUAUUGACUUUGGUCCCAAUGGCCUCAACCCACCCCAUACCCACCCUCGUGCUACCGAAAUCCUUGUUGUCUUGGAGGGUACCCUGCAUGUUGGUUUUGUCACUUCCAAUUUGAACUCUGGCAACCGCCUCUUCACCAAGGUCUUACAUGCGGGAGAUGUCUUUGUGUUCCCGAUUGGUCUCAUUCACUUCCAAUUCAAUGUGGGCAAAACUAAUGCGGUGGCUAUUGUCGCUCUAAGCAGCCAAAAUCCAAGGAUCAUCACUAUCACAGAUGCUGUCUUUGGCUUGACACCACCCAUUUCUGUUGAUGUUCUUACCAAGGCAUUUCAAGUGGACGAGAAAGUGAUUGAGCUUCUCCAGAAACAAUUCUAG